AUGGCUAUAACAAGAUCUAUGACAUUUUAUAAUGAAGUCGGACUGGAAAUGACAGGUUCAACCUUGUUGGAAAUUGACGUGAGGGGGAAUAGUGUUGUCAAAAAACUGCAUAAACUUAAGUUGAAGCUAACCGAUGAAAAAAAGACCAUCGUAAGUCAAGUAGUGGAGCUCCCUCCACAGGCAACAGGCAUAUGUGUCAGAUGUUUCGCAAAAGUGGAGAAGGUGAUAAAAUACAGAAAUGAAAUCGACAAUAUUAUUAGUAGUUUUGAGGAAAGCCGGAGACGAUUGCUGUCCAAAUCGCCAAGAUCCGUCAAAAAGCGAGGCUUGCGAUCGCCAGAGGUAGCUGUUCCUGAGUCCAAGAAUUUUUGUGAGAGGGCCAGUACUGACAAUGAGGUGGUUGAUUUUUCCUCAAAAUACAAAGCUAUUUUGCCAAAGUCAAAAGGUCAUGAAGACAAAAACUUCACAGCAGCAAGAAAGUUCCUAUCUUUUGGAGGGAAUGAUUACUCAAGUCAAAAUGAAGAUGACAAAUCCAAAUAUCUGGAUCUACAUCCAUUGCCCUCUGGAGACAAUCUUUCUACAGAACAAGAAGACAAACCUGGUAUGAAAACCUUUCAAGGCCAAGGAGAAGUAGAGGUGAGGCAUUAUACUUAUGUUGCUUGUUAUGCUUGA